GCAGCAGCGUCCUCGUAGUUGCCGACAAGUUUGGCCGUGUCGGCGUCUGGUGGAUCGACUUCGCCAAGACCUUGACGCUGCCCGAGGGCGUAGAGGUCACGCACCGGCAACAAUGGGAACUGGGAAACCACGAGGACGGCAUCUUCUGGGGCCUGUCCAACCUCGCGAAGGCGUGGGAGCAGGUGGCAGCUCGAGUGACUCAGGACGACAGCGACAACGAGUGCGUCAGCCUGAGCAAGCUGCUCGGCAGCUCCUCGAGCCUGAGCAGCAUCGCCCUGUCGCGCGACCUCGUCGAGCAGGAGGCACUCAAGCCGAAACGGCGCCGGAGCGUCGAUGCAGGCGCGUUCAGAGACCUCGAG